UGUGUACUUGUUACAUUCCGAUAGUUUAACAUCCAUGGACAAACUAUAUGACCACAGUGGACAAUACACACACCAGCUGCUGUUUUCAACGACUUGAGUACUGACCUCAAACCUUUAUGACGUUAAGGAGCAACAUUUUUCCUUUUUUAUUCACUGAUCAAAUGUCAGAAAAUAAGGACAAAGGCCCAUCAUAGGUUUCAAGAGUCCAAAUGUAAUCUUUUAUUUGCUAUUUGGUUUGGAAACGCAACAUCAAGAAUAACAUUUCUAAUGAGAAGAGACAAAGAAAAGCUAUAAAUCCACUACACAGUUACUGCAAAAACAUAUUCUUUUUCUCAUGAUCACUUGUUUUCAUGUAGCAUUAAUGUCGGAAAAGCAUUCAAAGCCAAACUUCAGCCAAUCUCAGGCGUCUGAGAUGGUGAAGAGGCUCUUCAGGUUAACACCAUCAGAAAUUCACUCCCUGCCCAGCUACGAUGACCAGAACUUCUACGUGGCGGCCGUUGAGGGUGGCGAGUACAUCCUGAAGAUCAUGAACUCAGAGGACACUAAGAACCCCAACCUGAUUGAGGUGCAGACAUAUGCCAUGUCCUUCCUGCAGCAGAACGGACUCCCUUGCCAGACAGCCCUGCCUACUAGCUCAGGACAUCUCAUGAGUCUGGAAGAAAUGGACUGUGGCUAUGGUUGUCAGAAGUACCUGGUGCGGCUGUUGACUUAUUUGCCUGGAACCACUAUUUCCAAAGUUCCUUUAACACCACAGCUACUGUAUGAAACCGGCAAGACAGCAGCCAGAAUGGACACAAUCCUACAAAAGAUGGAGCACCCUCAUCUUACUUUGUUGCACAGGGAGAAUUUCAUUUGGAGUUUGUCAAGUUUUACCCUCCUGGAACCAUACAUCAGUGUAUUGGAUGGAGAUCCUCUUCAGGAGGUUGUGAAGUCUGUCAUUCAUCAGUAUAAGAUCUCUGUGCUCCCCAAACACCCCAGUUUCCGCAAGUGCAUUAACCAUGGUGAUUUCAAUGACCUCAAUAUACUCGUGCAACCUUGUGAGAGCGACGGCUACAGGAUUUCUGGCAUCCUUGACUUUGGGGACAUGAACAGUGGCUACUACAUCUAUGAGCUAGCCAUCACUGUCACCUACAUGAUGAUAGAACACCCUAGACCCAUUGAGGUGGGUGGACCUGUCCUCGCAGGCUGGGAAAGUGUUCUUCCCCUCAAUGAGGCAGAGAAAGAAUGUCUAUAUGUGCUAGUGCUGUCCCGUUUCUGCCAGUCGUUGGUUAUCGCUCGUUACGCUGUGACCUUGAAUCCGGAAAAUAGGGAGUAUCUGAUGACUACCUCCAAGAAGGGAGUCCACAUUCUCCAUCAACUGUGGGAGCUUGGAAAGGAGCACGUGGAGAAGGUGUGGUUUCAGAGUGCUGCUCAGUUCAGUGAUGGAAAGUGAGAAAUAUGUGAGAAAACAUUUCUUAAUGAAUAUGAUUUAACUCAGCCUUUGAAACAAAUCAAGUAUAAUUUUAAGAUCAGAUUAUAUCUGUCUAGCACAUUCAUGUAUCUCUGUGAACAGAAUUUGAUGUUUGUGGAGCAGGAAGGUUCACAUAACAUCUUUAAAGAUACUAAACUCAGGAGCGUCUGGGUCCUCACAAGAUACAUGGGUGCCAUGUGUCUGUACUGUAGGUAUAUUUAGUAUAUACUGUAAUUUGUGCUGGGAAUGAAGUGUGGAGGAGUAGGAAACCUAAGCUACACUGCAACAGUGUCCAAUGUUUCCUUUCUGAAAGAUCUUGUGCCUCAAGUAAUUUUAAUCUGUUAGCAAAGCAAGCAGUGAAAUUUGAUCCUCAGCUCACACAUCAGAUAAAUUGUAAGAACUGGGUUUAGACUGGCAGUUGUGCACAGAGUAUGAAAUUCUGUUUUGCUUGGAGAUUGACUUCAAAUCUUGAAAUGUGUUUCUAAUGUUUUACUCUGGUCCAGAUGUUAAUCAUUUACUACUUUUAUACCAUUCCAAUUAUCUCAAUAAACAAA